UUCUGGCAUGGGUUAUAUUUGAAAUCGUCCAUUCUCGUAAAAUAUAAUCCAAGAAAACCAUUCAGAGGUUUAAUGUAGUCCAUACUGAAGACAUGAUGAUGAGAGUUGUGAAGUUUUUCACUGAAUAACUUACUAUUUUAAGUUUCUGAUGAGCGAUGAUUCGCAGUUUUCAUAAACCUCUGCAUCAAGCAAUCACGAAAGCACCGAAUUUUACGACAAUUUCAAGACAGUUUCUACUGGAUAUUAAGUAUGUUGCUGUCAGAUGCAGUUCUUCUGUUGUCUUAGAAAAACAUGCUUUUGAUGGAAAUACAAGAGGCGCUGAAAAUGUCAAGAAUUCGACGCAAGAGUUUGGUAGGUCCCGUCGAGGGACCUUCUUUCAAGACCCCCCUGAACUUGACAAUCAGUUUACGACGGAUGUUCAUCUUAAAGCUUGCUUGAAGAGAAUUCUACCUAAACAGGUUCUUGAUGAAAUUACACCAGAUCUUGUACAGUUUGGUCACAGAGUUGCAACAGAUAUCAAUGACUUGGGUAGGGAAUGUGAGAAAAAUCCUCCAACCCUUGACCACUUUGAUGCUUGGGGCCAACGAAUAGAUCACAUCAAUACAUGUAAUGCAUGGAAUCAGUUGCACGAUAUUUCAGCUAAAGAAGGCUUGAUAGCAACUGCUUAUAACAGGAAAUAUCAGGAGUGGAGUCGUAUUUACCAAACUAUUAAACUUUACCUGUUUUCACCAUCAUCUGGAUUGUACUCCUGUCCAUUGGCAAUGACUGAUGGUGCAGCAAAGACUAUCGAGGUUUGCAAGCUUACAGACACAAUCUUCCAGAAGGCAUAUGAUAGUCUUAUCAGCACUGAUCCAUGGGUAUUUUGGACAUCAGGGCAAUGGAUGACUGAGAGGCAGGGAGGAUCAGACGUAGCUAAUGGUACAGAAACACAAGCCAUUCCUCAAACCGAUGGUACCUACAGGUUGUAUGGCUACAAGUGGUUUAGUUCAGCUACUGAUGCUGACAUGUGCUUAACACUAGCAAGAAUACAACAGCCUGAUGGAUCUUUCAUCAAUGGAUCAAAAGGACUGACAAUGUUUUAUCUUGAAAUGCGAGAUGAAAAUGGAAAACUAAACAACAUUGAAGUGCAAAGACUUAAAAACAAACUUGGAACUCGGCAACUACCAACUGCAGAGCUGCUUUUAGAUGGAGCAGUAGCACAUCAGAUAAGUGAGGAAGGCCGUGGCGUCGCUGGUAUAUCCAAUAUGUUGACUAUCAGCCGUAUUCACAAUUCUAUCUCAGCUGUGUCUGCCAUGAGAAGGAUUGUCAGUCUCGCUAAGGACUACAGCCUCAGAAGAUCUGUGUUUGGCAAACGUUUGAUUGACCAUCCCUUGCAUAUGCAGACACUGGCGAGACUGGAGGUUGAAGUAAGAGGUAGUUUUCUUCUGUUGAUGGAACUCAGCCGACUUCUUGGUUUAGACGAUUGUAAAAUGGCGAAUGAAGAACAACUAAACUUGCUGAGACUUUUGACACCGAUAUCAAAGCUCUACACCGCUAAACAGGCAAUGUCGGUGACAUCAGAAGGUUUGGAGUGUUUCGGUGGCCAGGGUUACAUAGAGGAUACAGGUCUUCCUGGAAUCAUGAGAGAUGCCCAGGUGUUACCAAUAUGGGAGGGUACUACCAAUGUAUUAUCACUGGAUGUCUUACGAGCAAUACACAACACUAAUGGACAGGUACUUCGUGCCUUUCAUUCGUCUGUGUUAUCCAAGAUGGCGAGAGCUGCUAACAGCCCUGCUUUGAAAUCAUCAUGUGAUUUACUAGAUCAAGCUGUUUCAAAUCUCAUGUUGCCUGAAAACUUUGAUACCUUGUCUCAACCUCUUGCAUCAAGGGACUUCGCUUACUCAUUGGCCAGGAUUUAUAUUGGUGCGCUGUUAAUUGAACAUGCAUCUUGGGAGGAAGCAACAAUCGUGGAUGCAGAAACCGCCAAAAGAUGGUGUUUUCAAGACUUGACGCCUGUUUUAACAAACCGCAAUCAAGGUCUCUAUAGGAAUCAUAACCUGGACACUGAUUUAGUUAUGAACGGACAUCCACUCUACACUCCAAAACUGUAGAAGAUAUAUUACUGAUGCAUCACAUUAAUUUGCAUAUUAUAAUCAUAAUAAUCAUUUAUCGUCAUAUCGCCUGAAGGAUCCGGAAUCAUUUUCUUGUUCGUCUUGCGUUCCACUUGACAUAAAAAUACAAACAAUUUAUCCUUGAUGAUUUACAACGAUACUAUGGUGUAAAUUUAUAAACUUUUAUUAUUAAAAAAGUGUCAAACUAAGGGGAGAGUGUCCUGGAAAUGAAAA